AUGGAAUCACAGAAUGGAAUAUUUUAUAGAACAUUACUGAGCAGAAUUUGGCUCAGUUCACCUGCAGCCUUCGCCGUGUGAGCUACACAUUUAGUGGGACCAAACAAUAAUCCAAACCGGAGCAAGAGUUUGAAGCCAGUGAACUGAACCAUCAGUGAAUACAAAACAUCUUAAGAGUCCAGUACCCAACAGGGACAACAAACAGCACACAAACCAGUCAGCAAAAUGGAUCUGUUACCUGAGCAGGUUGACAGCACCAUGACAGAUAACGACUGGGAAGACUUGCUGUCUAUUCUCAAGUCGGCUGGAGUAGAUUUAGUGGAUGAAGCGCCGAAUACUCUACCACCAUCUACUUCACCCCAACCUUCAACUUCACAUGCUCCUGUCAAUGCUGAGACGGAGCUCCAGGAGGCUGACUGUGGUGUAGCAGACAAUUCCUGGGAAGACUUGCUGUCUAUUCUCAAGUCUGCUGGAGUUGAUUUAGUGGAUGAAGCACCUCACACUCCACCUUCAACCUCACCUCCUCCUGUCAAUGCUGAGAAGAGGCACAAUACCUACCCUCAACACCCACCCUCAGCACAACAAUCAUCCUCCAAAACGGAUCCUCAAGAGUCUGACAAUAACGUUGCAGAUCAGAUCUGGGGAGAGUUGCACUCCAUUCUCAAGUCGGAUGGAUUUGAUCUUCUGGAUGACGCACCCGACCUGCUGCCUCUUUCACCUUCAUUUUCACCUUCACCUCCUCCUCCUGUCCAUGCUGAGCUGGAGGAGGGAGGAUAUGGUGGCUGUAGCUCCCUGGGAGCAGCUCCUCAGAGGGUCAAGCAGCAAAGUCAAUUGUCGACAGCUCCCCCCAUGAACUAUGCACCACGUCAAGAAGACAUGCAGCCAGGUCACCUGCACAGUCAGGCAGGUGCUUCCAGUCAGGGACAGCACAACAGCAUACCAGUGACGGGGUUCCUUGAAGGCAACCAGAGCCUGCGUUAUGUAGGACUGUGGAAUGGACAGCCGCUGUAUGAGAUUUGUGCUCCUGCUGUCUUUGCUGCUCCUCCAGCAGACGCAUCCAAAUCAAAGUAAGUUUGCUCUGGACAGUUUUGGUCACGAAUGUAAUUUUCAUAAUUCUCAUGAGUUGUGAUUGUGGUCAACAUGAAUAAGUCAGACACAAAUUCAAAUUAGGAUCUUCUUUUAUUUAGUUUCAAUCAGCUGUUGUUUGAUUUCAGGUGUCUGUUGUUUGUCCACUGAUGUUCUGCAUGAAUAUGAUUAUAAUCAGUGUCUCUUAAUGUGUUUUAGUGGACAGUACAGCAGAGACAAGGUUCAAUCUUACACACAUCUUGUGUUUCCACUCUUGUAACAUCACCUCCUCUCUCUCUGUUUUUGUC